AGUAUCAAGCCAAUGUCUCUCACUGCGAAUAUGUAUCCAGAAAUGGAGAACAAAGUCAAGGCAUACUUGAUGGAAACGAUUGUCAAGGAUUGCAAGGUCAAGGAAUGCGACGUGUCGAGUGAUUUCAUUGACUUUUUGUUGGACCUAGUGCUCUUGAAUCCCGAGUAUGACUUCGUCAGAGAAGAUACGUGCCAAACAGAUUUAUCGAGCAUCGUCUCCGCCGUCACAACCAAACUUACGGACCAAACAAGACCGAGCCUGGUCGUCCUGAAACUUCAGCUGUACUUCAAAAAACACUACGUAUCCAGAGACGAGGCGAUCCUGAAACACAGAAAAUGCCUUUACACAAAAACGGCGCCUCUUUUGCGGGAAAUUUGCAACGCGACAUUGCAAAAAAGCACAGAACAGGAUGCCGAGAAGUUGUACCAAAAAAUGGUGAUAUUUAUCGUUCUGCUAAGCGGUCUCGGAAAUCCUUCGGUACCGGGAGUGUUGAGGGAGGCCAGCGCCGCGCUGCACAGCGUCUACCGCAUUUCCGAGGUGAAUCACUUCGUCACAUUGCCCUUAGAACGGAAAGAAGGACAACUGACGGAGCUGAUGUUGAUAGUUGCUGGCAUCCGGCUGUUCAACCGAGAUUUGCAAAGAGGCGGAGAGGGGAUUGACGAUCUGCCGAGCGUUCUUCAGGAAGCAAUUGCGAAGACUCAAUCCUCGACGAUGCACGUCCUGGAAAAGAUAAUGAACAAGGUGUAUAAUUUUACCGCAGCCAUAGACCGGACGAUAUGCGCUUCUCUGGAGAGAGAAGACGUCUGUUCAAAUGACCCGAACCCGUCGCAUUGGCCACCCGAAAUCACUUCUGAUCACGUUGAAUGGGCCGUUCAAAUGCUGGCGGCGGGUCGUCAACAGGAAGUAUAUAUUCGGAAAUUACUGGACGACAUCGAACGCUGUGAUUGCAACGUGAAAAGUCUCAUGGAGAAACUGCAGGCUCGUUUACUCCUACUACACGGUGCUAUUCACUGCAGGACUGCGAUUCCCACUGUCGAGAUAUACCCCCAGUUCAUCGACCUUGCGAACACCUGGAUGCAACUACAGGAUGAGGUCGUGGUUUUGAGCAGCAUCAAUACGUUUCUCUGGGAGCUACAGUCGAUGACGAUAAACCACGUCGAUACCUUCGACGAUGCGUUGCUCAGAAUGUUGAUCGAUGACGGUCAAGUUCUGACCGAUGCGGAGAGGCUCGAGGAACAGAUGGGAAAAAUGAUAAACGAAACGGGGGAGUGCCAAGUAUUCUACCCCAACAUCACCAAGGAUUUCGAUCAAAUUCACGUGGAGUACCUCGGGUUCUGCGCGUGGAGCCUUGCCGAAGGAAUGGGUGCCUUGAUUCCGGGAAACCCGAACAUCGGUGUGCUCAAGUGGAACGGAAAGUACUUCGCGUUCAGCUCCAGAGAAGCAGCUAGUAAGUUCGGAGUUGAUCCGGAGAGAUUCGUCAACGGGACGGUAGAAUUCAUGUACAAUCAUCCCGAGUACGUAAACCUGCUUCAAAUGCACGACGAAAUCAAGCCUGCGAAGGCUCAGACCAUGUCGGAGACAAACUCGGAUCCCAAGGUGCUGCACGACCAGGAGGUGCAGACAGUUUUGCACCCGUUGGAGUCGAAUAUUGUCAAGGACUACACGUUCAGUACUUGGGAAUAUAGACGAAGGGCGCUGCAGCUGGCGAGUAUUUGUCAACGAGCUACGCACAGUACGCAGACUUGCAAAUCACACUUCCGCAGUAGCGUUUACACGCAUGCGGCCCCGCCAAGAGAUCGGGAGGUCCAAACAAUGCGCGAUAAUUACGCUAAUACUAUUAGAUUGAAAAAUUUUAUUUACGGAUUGCGCGGAAAACGUGGCGAUCAGCAACAUGUUAUCCAAUUUGAGGACGCGUGAAAGUCCCUCGGCUCUUGACUGUAAAACAAUUAUUGAUCAAUAAAUGUGCUCGGUGAAGAAAAUUACGGAAUGGAUUCAUUAAAUUAUUAUCAAGUUCG